AUGGCGUCCGUGGCGAUCAUUGGCGUCUUCUUCUUCAUCGCCGUCGCCUUCGCGGUCUUCGGGUGCGUCUGCUGGAUACAAAAGGCACGCGCCCAGCAGCUGACGAGAAGUCGUGAGCCUACCAGCCGCACCCACCCCAACGCCCUUCCCUCCCGUUUGGGGGAGCGUUACCGUGACCAGCCCUGCGUGAAUGGCAACGCCAUCAUCAGCACACCGAGCGAUCUGCCGCACGGUGAAACGGAGUUCUUCGAGGCAGUGACGGUGGCGAGCUCCAAGGCCUCGAGCAGGGACUAUGUGAGCGAGGACGCGUCGCAGAGCAGUCAGGGAGCCCGGACCGGGGGCGAGGCACCGAGCCAGCAGGGAUCGCCAGUGAAGAGCAAAAGGCCGCGUGUGCGUGAGCAUCACGUGCACCACGUGGACAAGGGCGGGUAUAUCAUCCGCGAGGUGCGCACUGACAAGUUGGAGGAUGCCGAGCCGCGGUACCUGCGCCGACGGGCCUCGUCUCUUGUGUACGGCCACGCGUUCUACUCCGCCGCUGCCUCCGACGAGCGCACCAGUGAGACGCCGAGUGACGAUAAGACUGCAACGGUGCACUUCCCCGACGACGACGACAGCAGCAAUGGCGACGGCCGUGGUGUAAAUGGGGCGAGCACUUCAGAGGCAGGGGGGAAAGCAGCAAAUGAAGGCUGA